GCUCCUGACCUCCUUGAUCCUAAAACAGCCGCUCAUAACUCCAGACCUCGUCUCUCAUUCUCGGCUCAACCAGUGCUGUUGAAGUCUUCUGAAGACUUUGAGCCUCGUGUAACCGUCAUGCGCUGGAAAACAGUGCUGACCGUCUUCCUGCUGGUGGUGCUGUACUUGAUUAUUGGAGCAACUGUGUUUAAAGAGUUGGAACAGCCUCACGAGAUGUCAAAGAAACUGGCCAUCCUAGUGGAAAAACUGGAAUUCCUCGAGCAGCAUCCAUGUGUGAACUCCUCAGAUCUGGAAUAUUUAGUGAAGCAAGUGGUGUCAGCAUUACGAGUAGGAGUGAACCCUUCCGGAAACUCGUCCAAUCAGAGCAGUUUAUGGGACCUCAGCAACUCCUUCUUCUUCGCUGGAACAGUUAUUACAACUAUAGGAUUUGGGAAUAUCUCACCUCACACAGAGGGUGGACGUAUCUUCUGUAUCAUCUACGCCCUGUUGGGAAUUCCUCUGUUCGGAUUCUUGCUGGCAGGAGUGGGAGACCAGCUUGGAACAAUCUUCGGAAAGGCAAUCGCUAAAGUAGAGGGUAUGAUUGAUAAGUGGAACGUGAGUCAAACCAAGAUCCGCGUGAUCUCUACUUUUCUUUUCAUUCUCUUUGGUUGUCUCCUCUUCGUCACUCUGCCGGCCGUCAUAUUCAAACACAUUGAGGGCUGGAGUGCACUGGAGUCCAUCUACUUUGUCGUCAUUACUUUGACAACCAUUGGCUUUGGAGAUUUUGUUGCGGGCGAGGGUGAGCGACGCCUCCAUGAAGAAAGCAGUGGUGGUUCUGAGUUGGAGUACUUGGACUAUUACAAGCCCCUGGUCUGGUUCUGGAUCCUGAUUGGUUUAGCAUAUUUCGCCGCUGUUCUCAGUAUGAUUGGAGACUGGUUUCGUGUCAUAUCAAAGAAAACAAAGGAGGAGGUAGGAGAGUUUCGAGCUCAUGCCGCUGAGUGGACUGCUAACGUGUCCGCUGAGUUUAAGGAGACUCGUCGGCGACUUAGUGUCGACAUUUACGACAAAUUCCAGCGUGCUGCAUCGAUCAACCGCAAGCUGUCCGCUGAAAUAAACCUCAGCCCACCUAUCAAUCAGCAGAUGACACCAGGGAAACGUGCACAUUCAGUUAACCUCGGAGAUCAGAGAGAAGAGUUGUAUCCAUACACAUUUGUGCGAAGCGGAAGCUUAUACCUCAACGGCCUCAUCCCGGAUUACACUGACCAUCGAGAUAGCACUACAAUACAAACAAAAUGAACUGGAACUAAAGACAUUCACCGACAAACUGUGAGAGCAAAAAUAUAGGAUUUAUAAGGAAGGAUAAGACAAAGGGGAAAAUGAGAGGACAAAGACAAGAUCAUACAUCGCAUGUAAAGAAAAUAGGACACCAUUGUGCGGACAAAGAGCAUUGUUCUCCAUUGACGGCCAUGUGAAAGUAGCCAUGUAUUCUGAUUAAAUAAUCAAAUCACAAGUUAUUUGUAAUAUAUUAUUAUACUUACAGAUUUAUACACUGUAGAUGCUUCACGAGUGCCCCCUUUUUUUGUAUAGCUCUUAAAUGCAUGAAAGUCUUUUUUUAUAUUUUUUCUACAAGAAUAGUCAGUAUAGACAGCAUUUCACGACAUUUACUGGAUGUCAGCAUUCCAACACUGCAUGAGGCAGCCGAGCACCUGCAAUGGAAACAACUCCAAGACAAUGUCUGCAAAGCCCAGCACAUAAUGAAGGAACAUCACACAAAUCUUUUGUAUCACUCUGACCCAACUGCAGGCAUACACUGCAGCGAGGAAGAGAGGAACUUCCUCGACAUUAUAAGUUGAACAUUCCAAACCAUCCGUGACCAAAUGCACAAAGACACAGACAAAAGCGAGCGCUGCAACCUCUGACAUCCAGAUCGCUGGGCUGAGACGGAGAGAUUGCACAGUUGCCAUGGAGAUCAGAGACACAUUUUAAGCCACCAGCAUCACUUCAAGGACCACUGUAGUUGUCAAGCCAUGACUAGAUUUCGCCCUUCUCGUACCCACUUGACACUUCUGAUGGAAUGACAGACAAGAUUUAUUUAUAGAUGAAAUGUGUCCUCAGAUGAAUCAGAGCUCCAAAGGUGUCAAAGGCUCUCGAAAAGAGACAAAUUAUUUGUCUUGUAGUUGACUCACAAUGGAAAGCAUGCAGGAUUGGUGUAUUAAAAUUAAUUUUGAUAUAUUUUGAUAAAUUCUGCACACUUUUUUAAAGGCAAUUAACUAAAAUGCCUUGGACAUGUUGUAAAGGGUAGAUUUCCUUGGCUGAACAAAAUGCUGAUUUCAAUAUGAUUGUAAUCUUAAAAUGCUAUUCUAUUUCAUUUCUGCCAUGACAACAACAAAAAAUAAGGAUGAUCAUCAACAAUAAUAAAAAAAGUAUUAUAUUUGGGUGUGUUCACACUUGGCAGGUUUGGUUUUAUUAAGAACAAACCCUGGUGCAAUUUGCCGUUUUACUGCGUUCACACUUGACAAAGCAAGACAAAUUAUUUUAAUAGAGAGCAGGCGGUUUCUGUCGACAGCGACCUUGUGUCCAGUGCCUUGAGAAGUUCUGCUCAACUUUAUGCAAAUGAAGAGCAACUUUUAGGAGCGACAACCAAUAGUUGUGUAGUCAGUGGAGCGCACGUGAUCAGGACAAGAUGGAGAAGCUCAUUUUAGAGGUCAGCAACUGUCCUAUAAUUUAUGAUAAAUUGACACAAUGGCAAAGAGUGCACUCGCUGUUUCUUGUUCAUCUUUAAUAUUUGGCAUUUUAUGUACUGAUUCCAUUUAGAGUUUCCUUCCAAAAUGUUUGUAUUGUAAAACUGACUCGUUUACAACAUGGAGUCCCAGAUAGCAAACUGACAUUGAAUCAACGUGGAAAUAUGACAUAGAAACAACGU